ACCAGGAAGUCCUGUUAACGAGGUCACUUAAUCUGAACCAUCAGUGGUCUAUUUACCUCAAUGUAUGUGUAGUUUGCGAUAUCAUUAUAUCACCCGCAGUCCUAUCAUUAGCAUGGAGCACACGCGCUGUCCGAACCGUGGACACCGAGCUGUCACAACAAUAUGUAUACUGACUUUAGUCAUGUCAGCAGCAUUGAACAUACCCCUGAUUGUUCUGCUUGUGCUGAAUAAAGUCUCUCGCGGUCACAGCAACACUGCAGUCACAGAAGAAACAAAACACAUUGGGCAAGGAUCAUUGUGUGUUCUCUGUGAAAGGGAUAGGAGAGAGGAGCGUUCCUUGCCACCGUCCAAGGAUGUAGAUGUGGUACAUCUUCAGGGACGUCGGAUGUGCUGUCUGAGACAUGCUGGCGGCUUAACACAUCUUGUUCAGCUUAUGUCAGGCUACUACUUUGAGCAUAGAGGAUCCAAAACUGACUCGGGCAGGACACGACACUCUCACCAAAACGAUGUCCAGCCUUACACUAGGCCCUCUGCCCACCUGUUCCUCGAUCAGGGCGCAUUCAAAGGAACCCAUCUUGUCUGGAGCACAAGGCCUGGUUUUGGAACUGCGCAUGUAACUGGUGUCAUAGUUAUGGAAAAUAACUCAAUAUUCGUACAAAAAGAUGGUUUAUAUUUCGUAUAUUCCUCUCUGACGUUUACAGUACGUGAUGGUGACAUCACAAAUGGAUACGUGACAUAUUCGUUAUUACGCCACAAUGCACGUUAUUCCCCUGUGUCUGAUAUUUUACUGAUAACAAAUGUUACUCUUCCUCACAGAGAGAGACUUUUCACUGCAGCUACCUUAGAGGAAAACUUUUCCUUGCGGCAAGGAGAUGUGCUAUCCGUCCACCUAUCUAACUAUUCAUAUGUUUAUCGGUUUUCUUCAUCAAAUUAUUUUGGUGUUCGUCAGCUUAGCACGAAACUUUAAUACACAGCUUUGUAUAUAUCCAACGUACAGGAAUUAUGUCCGAAAAAAUGAGAAAUAAAUAAUAUUGAAAAACA